AGGUCUCCGAGCAUGGAAUUGACAAACUGAUAAGAGAGAAAAACCGAGAAACAAAAUAGCGAACCAGAUCGGGAAAAAAGUCAUUGGUUACAUAACAAAAAGAAUGUCUUCCGAAGCAACGGCCCAAGAUAUCAAUGUCGUGGCCGAAUAUCUCGGGGAUCAACAGGUCCAAGACCUAUCGUCAUGUCCCCCGGUGGACGGUAUCGUUAUCUGCGCAUCGGCAAUUCUCUAUCAAGCCGAAUAUUUGUUCCAGGUACUACAAGAGCGACCGUCGUUGAGCAAAUGUUUGGUCCUAUGUGGUGGCGUGGGCCACUCUACCCAUUUCCUGUAUGAGGCUGUCGCACAACACCCUCGCUUCUCGCAGAUCGCACAAGAAAUCCACGGCUUACCCGAAGCUCGUGUCUUGGAGAGGAUCCUGGACACGUUCUUUGACCGAUCCGCCAUCACGGAUGGAGGUUGUAUGAUCUUGGUCGAAGAUCAAUCCACAAACUGUGGCUUAAACGCCUCGCUGAGUCGGAAUGUGCUCGAUGCAGCUGGCUUCCAAGCGCUCCAGACGUGUAUGAUCAUUCAAGAUCCCACGAUGAUGCUGCGAACAAAAGCCUCAUUCCAAAAGGCGUACGGAGACAGGCUGUCGCCUCCAUCUUUCAUGAGCUGUCCAAUAAUUGUCCCGCAUAUGGAGAGAUCGGAAGGUGGGGAGCUGAAAUAUCAAGAGUUACCACUGGGAAACACAUGGUGGCCACUGGGUCGAUUUUUAGAGUUGGUAAUGGGGGAAAUCCCUAGACUGAGGGAUGAUGAAAGUGGAUAUGGGCCAAGAGGAAAGGCGUUCAUCCCUCAUGUGGAGGUACCAGAGCAUGUUGAAGAAGCAUGGUCACGACUACGGGUGGUUUCAAACGCCUGUCGGUGAAUAUUUCGCUGUCUCAUAGAAGUAGAAAUACCACCCUGAUGAAAUUAUCAUGCACGGACCAUUGAUACGUUGAUGUUAGCGAAACGAAUCAACAAAUGGAACUCUUCUACCAUGAAUACAACCCAACUGAAGGCAUCUUACAUCUCCUGCCACUGUUAGGUAUUGUUGAUCCCCUUUGACAUACCAUGCUUUGAUUCCUUUCGUUAUUCAUCACGAUGGAACCAUUCACUGGGAGAUGAGUUGAUGCUAUCUGAGUACUGGGAAUUCGCGAAGGCUCUACAUGUGUGGAGAUGGCUGAAUGACUUGGGAGAGAAUCUGAAGGACAUUCUCCAGCCAUACUACCCCGAGCAUGUGUUCUACCCAUCUGUGUUGAGAGUACUAUGGUGAAGGCACUCUAUCACCAGCAAGAAGCCGAUCAACCAUUCAGUUCAACAUAGUUUAAUAGGUACAAAUCACCCGAUCUAUACUACAGCGUGUACGGUUCUCUAUAUAAACGUUAUGCAGCCUGAAAAACAUCUUACAUCUUCACCCUCCACACACACUAGGAACAAGAUAUUGCGCGAGCUGGCCUUAGAGCACUACACUCAUGAAGACUACUCUGGAAAUUGGGCAUUGUAUAGAACACCACUAUAUAACAUCACCAUAAAUCAAAUAUACCCUUUCGUCUUUAAUA